UGGUACUGCAAUCGCCGCGCAGAUUGAGUGCGUGGGGAUGAAUGCUGAGAUAGAACCUCAUAUAUUAAAAAUGUUCGAGAUUAAGAAGAGGAUAGGGAAAGGAGCUUAUGGAAUAGUUUGGAAAGCAUUGAAUAAAAAAACAAAAGAAAUUAUUGCAUUGAAAAAAAUCUUCGAUGCAUUUCGCAAUCAAACUGAUGCACAGAGAACAUUCAGAGAGAUUGCAUUUCUUCAAAAUUUCGGUAAUCAUCCAAAUAUUGUACGGUUAUAUAAUGUAAUACGUGCAAGUAGUGAUAAAGAUAUCUACUUAGUAUUUGAAUUUAUGGAAACAGAUUUGCAUAAUGUAAUUAAAAAAGGCAAUAUAUUAAAUGAUGUACAUAAACAAUAUAUCAUGUAUCAAUUAUUGAAAGCAACAGCUUAUUUACAUUCAGGUGAAGUAAUACAUCGAGACCAAAAGCCAUCAAAUGUUCUACUGGAUUCUGAUUGUUUAGUAAAAUUAUGUGAUUUUGGUUUAGCACGUUCAUUAAAAGGUCGAAAUAUGAAAUAUGAUAAUGGUAAUGGUAAAAUCAAUUGUAAAACAUUACUACCUGCAUUAACUGAAUAUGUAGCAACACGUUGGUAUCGUGCACCAGAAAUUCUAUUAGCAUGUCAUGAUUAUACAAAAGGUGUUGAUAUAUGGAGUUUAGGUUGUAUAUUAGGUGAAAUGUUAAUUGGUACACCAUUAUUUCCUGGUACAUCAACAUUAGAUCAAAUAGAACGUAUUAUGGGUGGAUUACCUAAGCCUAGUCCAGAAGAUUUAGCCAGUGUAAAAAGUCCAUACAGUUCAUCGAUUUUACAAAAAGCACAUAUCAGAAAUCGCCGUUCAUUAGAUCAAUUAUUAAUAAAUGUUGAUAAGACAGCAACUGAUCUUUUGUAUAAAAUGUUACAUUUCAAUCCGCAUAAACGUAUCACAGCAUUGGAAGCUUUAAAACAUCCAUAUGUUCGCAAAUUUUACUCCCCAAAUGAAAUAAUGAUCAUGAAUCAUCAUGUCACUCCACCGUUGGAUGACAAUAUUCAGUUAACUGUUUCUGAAUAUCGUGAUCGUUUAUAUCAAAUGAUCAGUUCUAAGAAAACCAACACAACAACAACAAUCAUGGUUCAGAAUGGUAUUAACAAAACGGAUUCUACCGAAAGAAAAACUGUCAUCACUGGAAUUCCCCAACCUAUUCCUUACUCAACAUAUUCACAUAAUAAAAAGCGAUCUACUACUAAAGAGCAUCCAUCUUCAAAUCAUCAAACAACAAUAAUUAAGAGACAAGAUCUUCAACAUUAUCAUCAACACCAGGAGCAACAGCAGCAACAAUCAAACCAAAAGGACACUCCUCAGGGUCAUUGCGACGAUAACAGCAACAACAACAACACCAAGUCUAAUAAAAAAAAUCAUGUAGUAUGUGUACAAGUGAAUCUAUUACAUAAAGAGCCACAAAAUCAUUCAAUCAAUGAUCAUCAUGAUAUAGUGGCAAUUUUAACACCAAAAUUAACAUCAAUGUCAUUAGCUAAUGGCAUUAAUAAUAAUACGAAUUGUAAUAUGACUGGGUUCAAUAAUAAUGCCAAUCAAUUACACGAUAGUCAUCAGAUUAAUGGUAAUACUAAUGAUUAUGAUUAUAAUGACAACGUGAAUGAUGAUAAAUAUGAUGUAUUUCAUCGAUCAGCAUCAUUAUCACUACCAUCGACUAUAACGUCUACGACAGGAGCAACCAUAACAGCACAAGCUAAAACAGUUCAAUCAAAACAGCAUUAUCAAAUGCGAUCAAUAUCUCAAAAUUCUAAGGCUAAUUCAAACUUAUCAACUGUUCAUUAUAGUCCAGUGAUUCGUUCGAAUUCAGUGAACAAAAUGACAAUGAAUGAUUAUCAGCCAUCGAAAAGAUAUUUAACCAUUACUCCAUUAUGUUAUCCAAAUCAAUUGAUAUCCAAAUCAGAUAUUAUUAAAUCAACUACAAUGACAAAUCAACAAUCAUAUAGUCGAUUAAAUCAAUAUAAUAAUAAUAAUAAUAAUAGUAGUAAUCGUAGUGGUAGUAGUCAUAGUAACCAUUAUAAACAAAAACAUUCAAAUCGUUCCAGUUUAAAUUCUAGUUCCAAUUCACGAAUGAAAACAUCAAAUUAUUAUUAUUAUUUUACUGCUAAUGGAACAGAUCAAUAUUCAUUAUUACCUAAUUAUAGUAAUUCAUUUGAAAAUGUUAUGGUAAAUUCACAAAGAAUUGUUGGUUUGAAUUAUUCACAACUACAUGAAAAUCGUCAUAUAUCAUCUCAACCAGAAAAUUUACCCUUAGAUCAUGAGUAUGAUUAUCUUCAAGGAACAAAUGAUAGAUAUGAAUAUUGUAAGAAUAAUUCUAAUAAUUCUAGCCAUUGUUUCUUAUACAAUGAAAAACAUUGUUCAACAUCAAAUAUUCAAAAAAAUUUAUUAAAUGAUAGAACUGACAUUAGUAUGCAUAAAACUAGUCCAAAUGAGUAUCAGAAUGGAAUUUCAAAAGUUUCAUCAUCUAUUAUUGAAUUACCACCAAAUGUUGUACAGUCAACAAAUAAUAUCUCUAAUAAUAUUAAUGAAACUAUAAUUGGACCUAUUUCAUAUAAAUCAGUCAAUGAAAUGACACGUAAUCACAGUCAUAAUAGUCAUAGAAAUAAUAAAGAAACCAUAAUCAAUGAUAAAAAUUCAAUAAAACAAUCAAUUGAUGAAACCUCUUUAACAAAUCAAUAUUUUCCUAAUCUUCAACAAAAUAGAAGAAAUAAUAAUAAUAAUCAAUCUAAUUAUGAAUCAUUAUCUUUAUUGAAUAUUAAUCAAAAAUUAAAAAUUAUUCAAGGUUCAACCGAUAUUCAAAAUUCAAUGUUUCAAUCAAAAAUAUCUACAUCAUUAAAUAAUCUUAAAGCUAAAUUUCAUAACAAUCAAUCACAGCAACAACAACCACCACCACCACCACCACCACAACAACAACAACAACAACAACCACAGCAACAUCAGCACAAUUAUCGAAGACAUUCAUCAGAUCAUAAUAGAUCUAAGUAUAAUUAUAAUAAUCAAUCAAUUAAUCAAUUAAAUAAUGAUUAUCAUUAUCAAAAGACAACAAAAGAUGAACAUGAUUUAGAUCCUAAUUUAUAUCAAACAUCAUUAAAACAACAUACUUUAACAAAUCCUUCACUAUUGAACAAUCAAGAAAAUUUAUCCAUAAAACGAUAUCAAACAGAAUUAGUUCCAUUGAAUAAUUAUGAUUCAUUAAAAGUAAAUGGACAACAUUAUCAAGUGCAUACAGUAAUCACUCAUAAUAAUAAUAAUAAUACACUUUAUAAUAGUGAUCAAUCCGAUCAACGUUUACCUACUAAACAACUUCAUAAUCGUAUCAUUUCAUUAAGUGCUAUUCAUAAUCAUGAUCAUCAUUAUCAUCAUGAACAAUCUAAAGAUCAAACACAUUUGACAAGAUUUAACUCGACAAAUAAUAAUUUAGAUACACAUUGGAAUAACAAAAAUAAAUCAAUGAUCAUUUGUAAUGGAUCAAGUAAUAAUUCUUCUUCAAUAAAUCAUCAAAUAGUUACAACUAGUCAAUUACUUCAAACAACAACAACAAUAACAACAACCAUAGCAACAACACCACCACCACCAUCAUCAUCAUCAAAACCAAUCAUAUUGGAUUCAUUAAAGAUAACAAAUUUUCUUCAUCAAUAUCAAAAUACUCACUUAAUAAAACCAAAUUCAUUCAUAAAACAAUCAAUGAAAAAUGUAAAAUUAUGA